GCCGCCGCGAGCCAUCGAUGGUACAGCGCAUGUGGGCCGAGACGGCCGGGCCCGCGGGGGGCGCCGAGCCGCUAUUUCCCGGCUCCCGGCGGAGCCGCAGCGUGUGGGACGCGGUGCGGCUGGAAGUGGGCGUCGCCGACAGCUGUCCGGUGGUGCUGCACAGCUUCACGCAGCUCGACCCGGACCUGCCCCGCCUGGAGAGCUCUACACAGGAGAUCGGCGAGGAGCUGAUCAACGGGGUCAUCUAUUCCAUCUCUCUGCGCAAGGUUCAGCUGCACCAGGGAGCCACCAAGGGCCAGCGCUGGCUGGGGUGUGAGAACGAGUCGGCCCUGAACCUCUAUGAGACCUGCAAGGUGCGCACAGUGAAGGCUGGUACCCUGGAGAAGCUGGUGGAGCACCUGGUGCCGGCCUUCCAGGGCAGCGACCUCUCCUACGUCACUGUUUUUCUGUGCACCUACAGAGCCUUCACUACCACUCAGCAGGUGCUGGAUCUGCUAUUCAAAAGGUACGGUAGAUGUGAUGCCCUCACGGCCUCCUCUAGAUAUGGCUGCAUCCUUCCGUACUCCAGUGAGGAUGGUGGACCACAGGACCAACUCAAAAAUGCCAUCUCUUCUAUCUUGGGCACCUGGCUGGACCAGUACUCGGAGGAUUUCUGUCAACCUCCAGACUUCCCCUGCCUCAAGCAGCUGGUGGCUUAUGUGCAACUCAACAUGCCUGGCUCAGACCUGGAGCGCCGUGCCCACCUUCUCCUGGCCCAGCUGGAGGACCUGGAGCCCAGUGAGGCUGAAUCUGAGGCUCUGUUACCGGCUCCAGUGCUAACUCUAAAACCAGCUUCAGAGCUAGAGCCAGUUCCGACGCCGCUUCUGGAGCCCAGCCCAGUGGCGGCCCCAGCACCAGCCUCCGAGCUCCAUCCAGCUCCCACAGUGCCAUUGGUGCCCAGCCUGGUGGCGAUACCAGCCUCCGAGCUCCGGCCAGCCCCAGUACCUGCUCAGAAGCAAGAGCCAGCACUGCCUCUAGAGCCUGAGCCAUCCCCAGCACCCGCUCCAGAGCUAGAGCCAGCUCUCUCACAGACCCUGGAGCUCGAGCCAGCCACAGCACUGACUCCUGCACUUCUAGAACCUUCCUGGCCUUUACCAGAGGCUGCAGAGAAUGGACUGGAGAAGCCUCAUCUGCUGCUGUUCCCUCCCGACCUGGUGGCUGAGCAGUUCACGCUGAUGGACGCAGAGCUAUUCAAGAAGGUGGUGCCCUAUCACUGCCUGGGCUCCAUCUGGUCACAGCGAGACAAGAAGGGCAAGGAGCACCUCGCACCCACCAUCCGUGCCACGGUCACCCAGUUCAACAACGUGGCCAACUGCGUCAUUACCACCUGCCUUGGGGACCAGAGCACAAAGGCCCCAGACAGGGCCCGGGUGGUGGAGCACUGGAUCGAGGUGGCCAGGGAGUGCAGAAUCCUGAAGAAUUUCUCCUCCCUCUACGCCAUCCUCUCUGCUCUACAGAGCAACGCCAUCCACCGUCUGAAGAAGACGUGGGAAGAGGUGUCCAGGGACAGCUUUCGAAUAUUCCAGAAACUGUCAGAGAUAUUCUCAGAUGACAACAACUACUCCUUGAGCAGAGAACUGCUCAUCAAGGAGGGUACCUCUAAGUUUGCCACUCUGGAGAUGAACCCCAGGAGAGCCCAGAGGCGGCCGAAGGAGACGGGUGUCAUCCAGGGCACUGUCCCCUACCUGGGCACAUUCCUCACUGAUCUGGUGAUGCUGGACACUGCCAUGAAGGAUUAUUUGUAUGGGAGACUGAUCAACUUUGAGAAGAGAAGAAAGGAAUUCGAGGUGAUUGCCCAGAUCAAGCUCCUGCAGUCGGCCUGCAACAAUUACAGCAUCACCCCUGAGGAGCAAUUCAGAGCCUGGUUCCGGGCCAUGGAGCGACUCAGUGAGGCUGAGAGCUACAACCUGUCAUGCGAGCUGGAGCCCCCGUCCGAGUCAGCCAGCAACACCCUCAAGACCAAGAAGAGCACAGCUAUUGUUAAGCGCUGGAGCGACCGCCAGGCCCCCAGCACAGAACUCAGUACCAGCGGCAGUGCCCACUCCAAGUCCUGUGACCAGCUCCGGUGUGGCCCCUACCUCGGCAGUGGGGACAUCACUGAUGCACUCAGCGUGCACUCGGCCGGUUCUUCCAGCUCUGAUGUGGAGGAGAUCAACAUGAGCUUUGUCCCAGAGUCUCCUGAUGGCCAGGAGAAGAAGUUCUGGGAGUCGGCCUCCCAGUCAUCCCCAGAGACCUCUGGCAUCAGCUCAGCCUCCAGCAGCACCUCCUCCUCAUCAGCCUCCACCACGCCCGUGGCCACUACACGCACCCACAAGCGCUCUGUCUCAGGGGUCUGCGGCUACAGCUCCUCGCUGCCGCUCUACAACCAGCAGGUGGGCGACUGCUGCAUCAUCCGGGUCAGCCUGGACGUGGACAAUGGCAACAUGUACAAGAGCAUCCUGGUGACCAGUCAGGACAAGGCCCCAACUGUCAUCCGAAAGGCCCUGGACAAACACAACCUGGAUGAGGAUGAGCCAGAGGGCUACGAGCUGGUGCAGGUCAUCUCAGAAGAUCGCAAGCUGAAGAUCCCUGAAAACGCCAAUGUGUUCUACGCCAUGAACUCGACCGCCAACUAUGACUUUGUCCUGAAGAAGCGGACCUUCACCAAGGGGGCGAAGGUCAAGCAUGGAGCCAGCUCCACCCUCCCUCGCAUGAAGCAGAAAGGGUUCAAGAUCACCAAGGGCAUCUUCUAAGGACACCUCCCAGGGUCUGGCUGACCUCAGGCUAAGCACUUAGAGACUAGAGUGGCCCAGGCCGCACAGGUACCUCCACCCACCUGCCAGCCCAGGCCACCUCCAGAUCCAAUUUCACCACAGACCUGUCCUGCUGCCGGGAUUGACACCUGCCAUUGACAGGCUGACCUGGCUUCUGGGGACCACUUGCCGCCUUAGGUGCCUUCUGCUCUCUGGAACCAGAGGACUAGCUGACUUUUGCCAAGGAGUGCUGCCAACUGGGCAUGGUACCCUGCCUGCCCCUGGGCACUGCCCUCCACACACUUCCCUGACACCUCCCCAGGUGCAGGUCACUGCCACCCAUGCCCGAGAGCGCUCCAGGGCACUCACUCAGCUAGCGGGGCCGAUCGCUCACUGCAGUUCUCUCCUUGUGCCCAUGGGCACUGGACUGGGACCUUCACUGGGGUCCUGGCCCUCCUCCAGCGCUCUAGCCUGUGUCAGGCUGCACCAAAGAUUCCACCUUCAGGGCCAGCAGAAUGAGGGGUGAGCCUAC